AUGCGUGUCACCUGCGUCUCGGGUGGCACUCGUCGGCUUUGGCGGGGUAGGGCUAGGAAGUCACAGCUCGCCAUUGAGUAUGGCUACAGAACUCAUGAGCAAUCCCCAGCGACCUGGGUCUUUUGGGUUCAUGGGAGUAACGCUGCGCGUUUUGAGAAAAGCUUUCGGGAUAUUGCCGAGUACUUGAAAAUUCCGCGCCGGAGAGAGCCCAAAGCCAAUAUCUACAAACUUGUGUAUGACUGGUUGUGUGACGGGAAGAAUGCAAGCUGGCUGCUCAUCGUUGACAAUGUUGACGAUGCAACUUUCCUUCUCAAGACCCAACGCUCCCGGCAGGAAGAGCAAGGAUUCAAUUCCGCUGAUGGUACUCAGCAGCCACUCUCCACGUAUCUACCUCAGAGCCAGAAUGGGCGGGUACUUAUCACUACGAGAAGUAGAGAGGCGGCGCGGCAUUUAGUUGAAGAACGUGAUAUGAUAGAUGUCAGACCGUUUGAUCAGACGCACGCGUCAGACCUUUUCAAGAGAAAGCUGGGAGAACUAGGCGAUAGUCAAGAUAUUGUCAAGCUUGCAGCGAUUCUGGAAUACAUGCCCCUGGCUAUUGUUCAGGCAGCAGCAUACAUUUCGCAAAGAGCGCCACGUUGUUCAGUGCGGCAGUAUCUGGAAGACUUUCGAAAAAGUGAUCGCAAGAAGGGUAGUCUUCUCAAUCAUGAGGCGGGUCGUCUACGGAGGGAUUGGGAGGCGAAGAACUCCAUCAUUAUCAGUUGGCAGAUCUCCUUCGAACAUAUACGCCGGAUACGACCAUCUGCCACGGAAUUGUUGUCGUUCCUAAGUUUUUUUGAUCGGCAAGGCAUCCCGGAAUAUCUUCUUCGAGGCGAAGUUUUGGGAGACAUCGAACGGGAAUCUGAGAGCGAAAGUCAAGCCGGAGUCGCAAAGCCAAGUAAGGAACAUAGUUUGCCAGGAAUCAGCCAAGACGACAUGCUUGACCAAGAACAGGUGGAAGAGGAGGCUAUGAGCGAAGGUGAUGAAGAGGACGAAGUAGAGAAUGACGAGGAUUGCAAGUCGAUAUUCAGUUGUGACGACACAUUUCAAGAUGAUAUACAGAUGUUGCGGGAUUUCUCUUUCAUGUCAAUCAAUACGACGGGAAAAUUUGAGAUGCAUGCGCUUGUGCAAUUGGCGACGCGCAAGUGGUUAGAGAGUAAGGGGCAGCUUGAACCAUGGAAGGAGCGCUAUAUCAAAAUUUUGUCCAUCGCUUUUCCAUCGGGAGAAUAUGAGACUUGGUCUCGAUGCCGAGAGCUUCUUCCCCACGCAAAGUCGGCAAUCGCACAACGUCCACAAGCUCAACAAGCAAUCAUUGAAUGGGCCUCGUUGCUGUACAAUGCUGGAUGGUAUGCAUGUAAGCAGAGAGAUUUCGCUGAGGCCGAGCAGCUCUCUACAAUGGCGAUGGAGGCGAGGAAGGAGAUAUUUGGCGAAGAGCAUAAGGCUACCUUAGACAGUAUGUCAGCAGUAGCUUCAGUACAUUAUUUCACAAGACGCAUGGAGGACGCCGAGAAGCUUGCUGUACAAGUCAUGGAUAUACGACGAAAAGUGUUUGGUGACGAGGACCCUGAUACCUUAGUAAGUAUGCAAAACCUAGCAAUGACUUACGUAGCGCAAGGGCGCUACAAAAAGGCCGAUGAGCUGGGGCUGCGGGUGUUAGAAGUCAGAAGAAGAGCAUUAGGCGAGGAGCAUCCUGAUACAUUGAAUAGUCUUAGCGGCCUAGCCCUCUCGUAUAGGCGUCAAAAACGGUGGAAAGAGGCUGAAGAGUUGGGGCUGCAAGCAUUUGAAAUUAGGAAAAGAGUACUAGGCGAGGAGCAUCCUGAUACAGUGUAUAGUCUCAGCGGCCUAGCCCUCUCGUAUUUAGGUCAAGAACGGUGGAAAGAGGCUGAAGAGUUGGGGCUGCAAGCAUUUGAGACCAGGAAACGGGUGCUAGGCGAGGAGCAUCCCGACACAAUUGUAAGCAUGUAUGAUUUAGCUCUGGUUUGGAGGGAUCAAAGUCGGGUUGCAGAGGCGAUUCAAUUGAUGCGAGACUGUCUACGCCUUGACACACGAAUCUUAGGUUCUAAUCAUCCGAACACGCUAAAAUCUUCCGAAGCACUCACUGAAUGGCUAAACGAAAAUUCUUCAACUAGCAUUUAUGGACCAUCAAGCCGGCUUGAUAAGGCAUGGCAUAGUAUUACGCAUCCUGAGCCACGAAGUGAAACGCUCCGUGCUUUGGCCAAAUGGAUAUUCCGUUCGUAA